AUGAAAAAAUAUGAAAUUAAAGAAGAAAUAAAAUUUGGAGAAUGUAAUAAUUAUAAAAAAAAUAGUGUUGAAGACGAUUUUGUAAGGAAAAAGAUUAAAAAUGAGUUAGGAGAAAAAAAUAUAAAAACAAAAAUGAAUUCAAAUAACGAAUUUGAUGAAAACAUAUUACAUGAUUUUGUCAUAGAUUAUUAUGAGUGGAAUAGUAUACCAAAUAUAACAGAUUUACCAUAUGGAUUAAUUAAUAAAGACAAGAAUGAUGUUUUAAAAAAGUGCCAAAAAACGUUGAAAAUUGUUUUAGAUGAUAAAAAGAACGGCAAUGAUGAUAUUCAAAAAGAAAGUAAUAUUAUUAAAGGUGAAAAUGGUGAUUUUUUUUGUGUUCAUAAUUUUUCAGACAUAAUUAUGAACAGUACAUGCGAAAAAGCUAAUACUAAUUUGGUUGUUAAUAAUAAUAAAGGGGAAUGUGAAAAUGGGACAAUACAAGACAUAUCCAUUGUCAUAUUUAAAGAUAUAGUAGUAUACCUUUUAAAAAUGAAAGAAAAAAUAACAAAACUGAAAAAGAUAAAUAUAGAUAAAGAUAGUACAGACAAAACUCAAAAUAAUUUGCCGUCAGUUCAAAUAAAUCAAAAAAUAAAUGUUGAAGAAAAAAAGAAUAAUAAUUUUAUCGAACAAAAUAAAGAAGGAACAGACUGGAAAAAGGACUUUACAUGCUUAGCAAAUAUACAAAUACUAGGAAAAAAUAGUGAUAUAUUUAAAGAAUGGUGUAAUUUAGAAUUUGUUAUUCCAUAUAUAAUAAAUUAUUGCUACAGUCCACGAUCGUGUGUAAGCAAAAAUGGUUUCUUAACAAUUAAGCAUUUAUGUAUAAGUGCAAAAGAGAAUGAAAUAAUUUUGAGUAAAUUUUUUUCAUUAAUUUUCCCAUAUAUAAUAAAAAAAUUGGAUAUAAAAAAUCAGUUUUUAAAUACAUGUGCUACUAAUGCUAUUUAUGAGUUUGUAAUAAAUAAUACAAUUAUUAAUAAUUUUGAAAUUUUAAGAUUAAUUUGUACUGAGUCAAAUAAUAUUAAUUCAUCAAUAUCUAUGAAAAUGGCAUAUUUAGUUUAUGAGUUUUUAAAUAAUUUGUCAAUUGAUAAUUUAAAAAAAAUAAAUUUGUCUGAUUUUUCUGAACCGUUCAUAAAUUUUAUGAAUGCAAAAUUACCACAAACAAAAGAAUAUAUAAAAAAAAGUUUAUUAUUAUUUUUAAAUAUCCAAUCAGAAAAUCAGAUAGUUUCUCAAUUUUUAACAGGUAUUAAUGGGAAACAUAAUUUAUUAAUUAUAGAAAAACAAAUCAGAAAUUUAAUAAAAAAUAGUAAUUCCUUUGAACGAUUAAAAAAAAGAUUUGCCAGUUUUCAUGAUUUUAAAAAUACUAAAAAAUUGGGAUCCUUCGAUAAGACAACAUCAGUUAUUUUGUAA